AUGGAUUACAAGCUACAAAUAUUAGGGGUCAAAUCCCACCUUGAAAUGGAAUCACAAGAUGAUAGAUCCAUAGAUGUGCAUGAUGACAGCCCUGGAAGGGAUGCUCAACAGCGACAGCGACAUUUUGUUAAUGCCAUAGAACAACAAGCAUUGUCUGAUAGUUUGUCGGAUGGGGGCAGGAAAACAAUAGGGAAUGCCAUAUACAAGAGUAUAAAGACUGUACUUUUAUCAAAGAAAUUCAACUUGCUAAUUCCCUUUGGACCUCUAGCAAUCCUUGUCCAGAAACAAACAGGCCAAAAUGGUUGGGUCUUUAUUCUUGGCUUAUUGGGAAUAAUGCCUUUGGCUGAGCGGUUGGGUUAUACUACAGAGCAGUUGGCUUUUUACAGUGGUCCUACAGUUGGGGGGCUUCUAAAUGCUACAUUCGGAAAUGCAACAGAACUUAUUAUAUCAAUUUAUGCACUGAGAAUUGGAAAGAUACGUGUUGUUCAGCUGUCAUUGCUUGGCUCACUUUUGUCAAACCUGUUGUUUGUUCUGGGAUGUGCAUUCUUCUUUGGUGGGAUUGUUAGAAAAGAGCAGGUUUUCAACAAGGCAACAGCUGCUGUCGAUUCAGGACUGCUGUUAAUGGCGGUCAUGGGGCUACUGUUCCCAGUAUUCCUCCAUAGCACACACACUGAAGUGCAUUUGGGGAUAUCAGAGUUGGCUCUUUCAAGAUCUAGUAGUUGCAUUAUGCUUCUAGCCUAUGUUGCCUAUAUCAUUUUCCAGUUAAAGAAUCUAAGAGAUCUGGACGAAAGUCAGAAUGGAGAGAACUCAGAUGAUAAUGAUGAUGAUGAUGAAGCUCCUGAGAUCUCUAAAUGGGAAUCAGUAAUCUGGCUUGCAAUUACAGCAGCUGCAAUCUCUAUCCUUUCAGAGUAUCUGGUUGAUGCCAUUGAGGGUACAUCUCUUGCUUGGGGCGUACCAGUUGCUUUUAUCAGUGUUAUCUUGCUUCCUAUAGGUGGAAACACAGCAGCAGUUACCACUUCAGUCAUGUUUGCCAUGAAGAAUAAACUUGAUGUGUCUUUGGGAGUUGCAAUAGGGUCAUCAACGCAGAUUUCUAUGUUUUUGAUUCCCUUUUGUGUGGUUAUUGGGUGGAUAAUUGGACGCCCAGUGGACUUAAACUUUCAACUUUUUGAGACAGCAACUCUGUUCAUGACUGUUUUAUUUGUAGCUUUCAUGUUGCAGGAAGGAACUGCCAAUUACUUCAAAGGACUAAUGCUUCUUUUCUGCUAUCAGAUAGUGGCUGCAAGUUACUUUGUACAUGAAGACCCUUUAUCCUGAUAAUAAGCAAGCCAACAGCAGGAUCAAUUGAAGCAGAAGUGGUAUUAGUUAGGAGUAGGAUGUUAAAGCCAGGAGAAGAAACAAGAUGGUUUCAUUUCUAAAAGCAUUAGUCUGACGUGCUGAUGCAACUGUG